AUGGCCUCAAACGAUACAGCGCAACCAAUUAAGGGCGGUCGGACAUUGAUCCAGACACUACUGGCACGAGUCGAGUCUGAUCCCGACAGACUAUACGGAUCGUUCCCAUUGACACAUGACAUUGAAGACGGCUUCUACGACUUCACGUUCGGCGAGCUAGGCCGUGCGGUGGACCACUGCGCGUGGAUGAUCAAAGACUGCUAUGGAACAAGCACACACUCCGAGACACUAUUGUUCAUGGGUGCGAGAGACUUUUGCUACACCAUAGUCUUCCUUUGCUGCCUUGAAGUGCGGUUACAAGGUUAUUGCGAAAACUGCCACGAGGCGACGGAGUGCUCAGUGCUGACUGGCGUCGCGCAGGCUUGUUUUCCAAAUACUGGCAGUUCCAUCUCAGAUAAUUGCUCUAUACUGGAUCAGGUCGGUUGUACGAAGGCAUUACAUACUGCAUACACGAAGGAACUUCUUGAAGCCUGCCAAAAGUCUCGACCGCAGCUGUGCUUACUAGAGUUACCUACUCUCCAACAAUUCUUCGAGGCGCUAGCGAGACCGUUUCAGUACACGCCACGACCUUGGGAAGAAGCCAAGCAUGAUCCAAUGCUUGUUAUCCAUUCCUCAGGGACAACAGGCGCACCGAAGCCUCUUGUCCUACGUAACGGGUACAUCAAAGGCUUGGACAGCCAUUGGAGCGGAGGUGGUGCCCAAAUGAGCAUGUUCGACAAGUUGGACGGCGCAUUCUACUAUACGCCAUUUCCAGCCUACCAUCUAGGUGGUUUCCUGUCCAUGACCGUGAUGCCUACCAUGUCGAUGUACAGCACUCCUGUCAUGGCUCCUCCAGGACACUAUGCAAUGCGAGACGGACCUCUUGUUCUUCGAAUCAUAGAGAAGCGGAACGUCAAGAUGAUCGUAGCAUCACCGGCUUUACUGGAAGCGAUCUCUCAAAUGCCAAAUGGCACAUCCACAUCGGCCACGCUCGACUGUGUAGGUUUCGGCGGCGGGCCCUUGCGAGAGUCUUUGGGCGACGAGCUAAGCUCGCAGAACGUUCGACUGAUCAACAUAUAUGGGUCAAGUGAGGCUUGCUGGUUACCAACGCGCACUACAGAAAUGGUAGAUUGGGAGUGGCUAGAUUUUCACCCAGAUCUGAAAAUCGACUGGCGAGACGCUGGACAUGGCGAUGGAACUCAUGAGCUCUGCUUCGCGGACGAAGCACCAGUAGUGAACGAACUCCGCGGAACAUACUGGAGCUUACAACGCAAGGACUGGCGAUCCAAAGAUAUCUUUGUGCAACAUGAAACCAAGCCUUGGCUAUGGAAGCUUAGUGGACGUCAAGACGAUAUGCUCAUACUUGCGACUGGCAGCAUGAUCAAUCCAAUCCCGAUGGAGGAUAUUGUUGCCGCUGAUGAAUCUGUCUCGGGUGCCUUGAUGGGCGGAGAGAAUCGUUGGCCUCCCUGCAUGCUCGUCGAAUGUCAAGAUCCCUGUGGCGAUGUUCAAGCUUUCGUCCAACAGAUCUGGCCUCGAAUCGAAGCGGCAAACGAGUUGGUGAGAGAGGAUAGUCGCAUACCUUACCGGAAUGUAGCAGUCGUAGGCCCGGGUUUAUUUGUCCGGAAUCCAAAAGGUGGAGUAGUGAGAGGUCGAACAGUGCAGAAGCUUGCGAACACUAUUGAUGGUAUGUAUACCUAG